AUGAUCUGGUACACCGUGGUCGUGGGCCUCGUGGGCCUGGUCGUUCUCGACUAUGCCUGGGGCCUUGCCAAACACAUUCGCGUGGCGCGUCGGUCAGGUCUCCCCUAUGUGAUCGCUCUGGAUCAACCGAAUAUCUUAUUCAUGGUAUUGUUUGGCACGACGCUGCUUCCGUACAUGAUAAGUUGGCUGCCUCCCUGGCUGGCGGAUAUUAUGAACGACAACCUCGGCUCCUUCCGCUGGCGCGUCAAGAAUCGACAGACGAAACGCUACGGCGGGGUUUAUUUGAAUGUGUCUCCUCAUGGCAUUAGAUGCAGUGUUGGGGAUGCAGCGGUUGUCUCGCAGAUUGUCAAUGCGCGGCAUGAUUUCCCAAAACCGGUUUUCCAGUAUCGAAUAUUGGAUAUGUACGGGCCGAAUAUCGUCACGUGUGAGGAUAAGGAAUGGUCUCAUCACCGCCGACACACGGCCACGACGUUCCAUGAAAAGAACAACGAUCUGGUCUGGAGAGAGUCCAUCCGACAGGCUCGAGAAAUGGCCGACUACUGGCAAGAAACAUACCCCGUGAACAUACCACAUGGAUCAGGAUUCACGAUCCAGGAGACAAGGGAGGACCUGCACAAGCUUACGUUAAAUGUGAUCUCGAGCGCAGGGUUCGGGGUGGAUAUGCCCUUCAAGCCCAUCCCACAGGACUCGCUGAAGAGCACGGAGGAUAUAUUCAAGGAUAGCCCAACGCCCCCGGCGGGAUUCGACUUCACGUUUCGAUCGGUUGUUUCGUACAUGAAUGUCAAAAUCGCCACUAUGGCUCUGGCAAACAAGAUCCUUCCUACAUGGGUUCCGAGAGUAUUGCUGCCCUUCUUGAAGGACGACUUUGCCGCUUAUCGAGAUCUAGAUCAGUACCUGCAGAAGCUGAUCAGCGUGAAUAAAUCCGGCGUCACAGGCACGGAGACUGCUUCGAAUCUCAUUGAGGGCAUGCUACUCUCCAGAAGGCCCGACGAUGCCAAGGAUCCCGGCCUGACGGAUCGAGAGGUCAUUAGCAACAUGCACAUCUUCACGAUUGCCGGGCACGAAACAACGGCAACAACUUCGAGGUUUGCGCUCUUGCUUCUGGCCCUCGAUCAGGACGUGCAGGAUUGGGUCUAUAACGGUAUAGUUGAGGCUACGAAGAAUGAGCCGUCGGACGUCAAGGAUUGGGACUAUGAGAGGAUAUUUCCCAAGCUGGUGACUCCGCUUUGCGUGAUGCUCGAGACAAUGCGCCUAUAUCCCCCCGUUAUUACCGUGCCUAAAUGGACAGGCGAAACACCGAGUACCAUCCACUAUCGCGGAAAGGAUUAUGUUCUGGAACCGCAUGUCAAGGUCAGCCUGAACGCGGGCAGUCUCCACUACUCCGAAGAAUACUGGGGGAGGGACGCUGCCCUGUUUCAGCCACAGCGAUGGGACGUGUGCAACCACGAGAGCUUCUUGGCUCAAAACGCAGACAUGCCCGGCCUGGCUGGGCCCGGAUUGGAGUAUCCCACCAUCCAUAAGCCGGUCCGAGGCGCUUACCUCCCUUUCAGCGAUGGGUUCCGCGCGUGUCUGGGGAAGAAAUUUGCUCAGGUCGAGCUUGUGGCUGCGCUGGCGGUGCUGCUCCGUGACUAUCGGGUCGAGUUGGCAGAUAACAGUGAGGAGGGCAGGGGAAAUGCAUGCAGAAUACUGGAUAAAAGCACUUCUGUCUUAACCCUUGCAAUGAGGGAAAGUGUGCCAUUGCUUUUCCGCAAGAGAUAG